UUGAGUCGACGGGGGCGCCCGAGAGCUGAGGACACAGCUCCGGGGCGGAGCGGAGAGAGCGGAGCAGGAUCCGCCCCCAUUAUCUGGCGGGAAAAGCCUGAGGAGAUUUUUUUUUUUAAUUUUUAAUUUUUAAUUUUUAUUUUUAAGUAUUUGUGAAAUCUGAGGAUGGUGGGACGAGACGACUAAAUCCCACUUUCCUGUGAUACUGUAGCCGGAAAAACUGUCGAAAUCUGUGGAUAAAUUCAUGGGAUAAGAGAAGAUGGCGUCUAGAGUAAAUACCAGUUUCACUUUGAUACCCAAGCAAAAAUCUAGACGUUCUAAUCAUCACUCCAGCUAUUUUUGCAACACCCUUGAUUCGGAUCCUCAACUCUUAUCUACACUUGGAAAUUUUAAAGUCUUACCAUUGGAAAUAUUACACAUAAUUUUAAGAUACUUGUCAGUGAAAGAUAUUGGCAUGUUAAGUAUGGUGUCUAAAACAGUCAGCCAGCACAUAAUUAAUUAUAUCUCAACCUCAUCUGGAAGUAGGAGACUUUUACUACAGAACUUUCAUGACCUUGAUCUGCCUGGCACAAAAGAAGAGACUGCUCUACUGGAGCACUACAGAGCUCUAGGUCUACUAUUUAAAAGAUGCACCUUGCUGCUUCCCACCAAGGAAAGACUGAAGUACAUUCACAAGAUACUCUCAGAAGUAUCCUGCUUUAAAUUCAGUGGCUGUUCAGUUCCUUUGCAGUGUUUAGGAUUAUCAUGUUACGGCAUGUUUUUACAGACCUUAACAGCAGGUUGGGAUGAACUUGAAUGCCAUCGUGUGUAUAACUUCUUAUGUGAGCUGACUAAUCUCUCUCGAAAGAUGCAGACAGUUGUCUGCAACAAACCAGGAAGUGCUCGAAAACUAGAGUUAAGGGUUAGACUAUUCUGUCGGAAUGUCCUACUUGAUCACUGGACACAUCGAAGUGAUUCUGCAUUUUGGUUAACCCGAAUUUUAAAGCCAUGGCCAAUGGUGAAUCAGGCAAGAUUGCUAUAUAUUAUCUUUGGACCAACAUCUCCUCAUGAUGGGCAGGUGAUUUGGCAGGAGAUGAUAGAAGGACCUACAGAUGAAUCCAGUCUGAAAGGUUUGGCUAAUGCCAUUAAGUUACUGUAUGACACAGGUGCCAAAGGCUGGACAGCAGAUGAUGUCAUCAGUCUUGUAGAUGAACUAUCAGUGGUUCCCCGGGAGUGGCUUCUGGAGAAUAAUGCACGCCUCCUAAUCCUGAGCGGGAACAACAUUUGCUUCACUUUCAUGGCCAGUAAAGCUGUAAAUGGACGAGCCGUUGAACUGGCAAGACUUGUAGUCUUUUUGGCUUUGGUGUGUGAGAAGGAGUUGUACUGCAUGGACUGGACAGUUAGAAUGAUGCAAAAAGUCUGCAAAGUCUUCAGCACUGCAGCAGAGAGGAAGAGCUUCCUGCAGAGCAUAGCAAAUGCUUUUGCCUGUGUCACAAUGGAAAUGCUGCAGCCUGUUAUGUCAGGAGAUCGCGAUGAUGAUGACAGAGGCUUCCUGAAUUUGUUCCAUCUUCUCCAUGCUCAGGCGAACUUCCAUAAGGAGGUGCUGUAUCUGACCAUGAAUGCUAUCUCUUCCUAAGUCAGGCAUUCAGGGGAGUGAUGCUUUUUCACUUCCAAGGAUAGCACCUAUGGGACUCUUGAGAAUCUAAUUAACCAGAAACUCAGUUGCACAAGACUUUACCUGUAACUGUUUCACUCUGAUUAUUACAAAAUAGCAGGCAAACCCAAGAAUAUAUUGCAACUUUUCUGGAAAACAAGUUCUGGCUCUCCAGGUCUUGGUAAAUGUAACAUCAAACCAAAUCAGAGUGUUAACUGUCCAAGAAUCGGCAGCCCGCUCACCCUAUCUAUAUGGCUCUUUGAAGCAAGAGCUAACUCUGCCUUUUUAAGAGCAGAUCCACAUUCAGUGGCUAGUGCUCUCUGUUCGUUUUGCUUACUUUGAGCAGAUACAGCCCACAUGUUCUCUAAGGAUUUGUAAUACUAUCUUUUAGAAUGUCCAUUAUGUAAGUCACAUUCUUUACCACUUCUUAGCAUAUGGCUACAAAACAAUCUUAUAUUUCAUUUAUAUGAACUAAUAGAAAAAUUCAAAAUAAGUAUGUAUAGAUAAUGUACAUGUAUAUUUAUGUAUGUAUAGACACAUGUUCAUAUAUUUCCUGCAAGACAAUCAUCCAAAGGCCUGCAAAUGGAGGAAGAUGUGUGUGAACUGCAGUUUUCAGAUAAUGGAAUCAUCUUGUAACUCCCCCGGGGAUUAGAGCAGAAAAAGAAAAACAUAAUAGAAGUAAGCAGCUCUCCUGCUGCCAGAACAAUCUUUACAAGUCACUUCUCUUCUUGUAAGACAUUCCUCCCAGCCCCAGAAAGUGGGGCUGAUGACAGUCUGUAGAAUAUCCAAAGAGAGAGGGGACAGGGCAGGAGGAGAGAGAGAGUUUGUGGAUCCCCAGAAACUCUAGGCCCAUAUAGUCGACCAACCACCUACCUUCACCUCCACUUAUGUCAAAGUGGCUAUAAUGCAGGGAGGGGCCUCCUGUAGCUUCUCUUCCUCUUCUCCACUCAAACCCAGGGCUUUGUGCAGCUAAGCAAGGACUUUGCCACUGAGUUUCCCCAACCCACACUCACCUUCCCACUGGAUUCUCAGAAGCUGACCUUCUUUCUUUUCCUCGACAUACUGGGAGAUCAGGAAAUCACCUUCAGCAGGGGGAUAAAGGAAAUCCAUGAAUUUUAACAAAAGGCUCAGUGAACAUUUGAUAGUACUGAGGACAGUGAAAAUUGUGGAGAAAUAAAAAUUGUGAUAUCAGGAUUUUAUUGUCUCAAUAGCAGAAGCACGCUUAAUAUGGGAGGAUCAAAAUUGCCUUUUUGUUGUCUAAGUAUAAUUUUACUAGUGGGAAGAUUUGGGGGGUUUUUCCUCCAGAGUUUAUUUGAAGAUUUAGGGAGGGAAACAUUCUUGCUUUUGUUCCUCAUUUAAUUUUCUUCUGUUCAGCUGAAGAAUUGAUCUGUAACCAACAGCCUGGGCAGCCUGCAGUAACAGAGAGUGGUAGAGUACAUAGUAACACCUCAGGGUGGUUCAUUUUUUCUCUAUCUCCGAUAGUCCCAUACCUACUUUGGAAAGAUAACUAAAUUUACUUAUCAAAACACUAGUGAUUUCAAGUUGACAUUUUCUUGGAAAGAAAGGGAGAAAAAAAGGGAAUGUUACUGGGAACAGUAUU